CGCUCAAUCACUGUAAUUAUGGGCGAAAGAUGCAAUCUGGCCAACGACCUUUGUCUCUUUCGCCAGCGCACAAAUCUCUUUAAACCAUUAUCUGCCCUGCAUGCUCAACUUCUCAAACACACACUCCAUAUAUACACAUACGCAUCUCUCUGUUUCUGAGAGAUCAGAAAGCGAGAGGGAGAUCGAGAUGGAAAAUGCGAGAGAGGCUUUGGUGGCUUGCAGUGAUAGGAGUAUGGGGACAGGGAUAGCGAUAUGGGAUAUACGAACUGGAGAUCGUCUAUUGCACAUUCCGACCUGUGCCUCGCCUCCUCAUGGGUUAUUGUGCUUGGGAAACCAGUUUCUUGUAGCUUCUCAGGUUAACAAGCAUGGAUCUGUUGGUGGCGGGGCUAUCUUCACCUGGCCCUUCAACAAGCCACAGUCACCACUUCGGAGCUACCCCAUUGAAGCCAUUGGGCCGAUUUCUUGCACCAAGGAUGGAGUGUAUCUCGCAGGCGGCGCUCCUUCAGGAAAUGUUUAUAUCUGGGAGGUUGCUAAUGGAAGAUUACUCAAAACAUGGCGGGCACAUCAUAAGUCUUUGAAGUGCAUGACAUUUUCCAAUGAUGACUCUCUUCUUAUUUCAGGUUCAGAUGAUGGUAUGAUCUGUGUGUGGUCUAUGGUCAGUGUGCUGGAUAUGGAGAAUUUGGAAAGCUCACCUUCAUUGUUUCACUACUUGGAGCAUAGGUCCUCAGUAAGUGGUCUGUUAACAACAUCCAGCGCAAACUCAACUUUGAUAUCAAGCUCCCUUGAUGGUACCUGCAAGGCUUGGGACCUGGUUUCAGGUAGGCUUAUACAAACUCAAGAACAUCCACUAGGGAUAAAUGCAAUCAUCCUUCACCCAGCAGAGAAAUUCUUGUUUGGUGGAAGUACAGAUGGAAGAAUAUUUGUUAGUGUGCUUAAUAUUGGAUUGGUGGAUGAUCCUUUUGUUGUUGGAGAAGAUCACCUGGUCGUGCUGGAAGGACACAAAGGUUCCAUAACAGCAUUGGCCUUCAGUACAUUAGGUCUGAUAUCAGCAUCUGAGGAUGGUACUGUCUGCCUCUGGGAUGCCAUUAGUUGGGUGACUGUACGAAGAUUUAACUACCAAAAAGCAGGGGCAGUAACUAAUCUUGUGGUGAUUCCACACCCUUCACUGCUUCCUUCAACAAACCAUCAAAGAGGUCCCUAUCAGAUCCGUGUUUCUUUGCUUGAUAAGUGUCCUCAGCCUGAAUCGAACUCAUCCAAGGGAGCAGUCGUUCUCCUUCGUGCUUGUUCUCCUCUUAAGGACAGUCAAACCUCUUCGGAGUUCAGAAUCAAUUCACUGGACCACCAAAUAUUUGAGAUGGAGGAAGAACAUACACCUGCAGCCCUGCAGAUGAAGUUAGAAACAAGCGUGGACCACCGGAUGUGUGCUACAAGAAUGACAAAACAUGUCAUGGAAAUGAACAAGCAUUUACAGUCUCGGCUGCUAGAUUUGAUGCAGAACCGAUUGUUAUGGAGUGCUGAAGAUGAUUCCCCCACUGCAAGAAAGAGCAAGAAGCUCAAAAUUGAAAGUCCGUCGCACCAGGGAGAAAAGCUAUUGCAGUCCUCCAAUUAGUCCAUGGUUUUUAUGCAGCUACAGAUAGUUAGUUACAAGAAUUUCACAAUUUGGCUUCCAGAAUUCCUUCAUAAAUAUAAAACAUGUUCUCGUUUACCUUUGUUCUAAUCACAUUGCAUACAGUUGAUUAACAAAAUGUACUGUGAAAAUUUUAAAAAUAUUAAUAAACUGAUGUCAAGUUUAUUUUGGUAGGAAUUGCUUUCUAGAA